CUCAGUGACAGCUUAGUAAUUUUUAGCUUGUUAUUCAACAUUAAAAGGGAACAGUUUCAGCAGAUUUAUACUAUACUUGAAAGAUCCUUUUUUAAAGAUCAUUUAGCAAAUUAUAUUUUUGACGUUUUUAGAGUUGCAUUGUUCUUGUUGCUAACCGAUCUGUUGUUUAAAAAAACCAGAUGUUUGGAGGAGAGUCAGAAGUUUAUACAGAUGUGUGUUAUAUAUACAUCUGUGAGAGGCAUUUGGGAUAACACUGUGGGACAGAGGCAGGUUUAGCUUAAAAUGUGAAGACGCAUUCAAGAUUUUAGAAGUUGAGGGUUGAAAGGGGAAGAAGUCACAGUUAUAUCCUGUAGAACAAAGCAGUGCGCUUGCUUCCAAAAGUUUCUUUUAACCCUGGGAAUGUGACUGCUGAGAUGGGCCCAAAGCAUGGAUGGUGAGAUUGAUAUUUACAAGCACUUCACGUGGCUAAAGAGGUCACAGGUGAAUCAUCAUUCAACUAAUAAUGAAACUUAUCAAGAAAGAUUGGCGCGAUUAGAAGGUGAUAAAGAGUCGCUCAUACUGCAGGUGAGCGUACUUACAGACCAGGUGGAAGCUCAAGGAGAGAAAAUCCGGGACUUGGAAAUCUGUCUUGAGGGGCAUCAGUUAAAACUGAAUGCUACAGAAGAAAUGCUUCAACAGGAGUUGCUAAGUCGAACAUCACUAGAGACUCAGAAAUUAGAUCUAAUGGCUGAAGUUUCAGACCUGAAGAUUAAGCUGGUCGGUAUGGAAAAGGAACAGAGUGAAUAUGAAGAGAAACAGAACAAAGCUGAGAGUUUGCUACAGGAACUUAGACACCUCAAAUUUAAAGUGGAAGAACUGGAAAACGAAAGAAAUCAAUACGAGUGGAAAUUAAAAGCAACUAAAGCUGAAAUAGCCCAGCUUCAAGAGCAGUUAGCUCUCAAAGAUGCAGAAAUAGAACGCUUACAAAGUCAGCUGUCUAGGACCUCAUCACACAGUGAAGUGGCAGAAAGAGAGGAAGUUUAUAGGAGAAGGCUAAAAGAAAAACAUCAAGAAGUUCAACGGUUGAAGAUAGGAAUGGAAUCAUUAUUGGCUGCAAAUGAAGAAAAGGACCGUCGAAUAGAGGAGUUAACACUGUUGCUAAGCCAGUACAGGAGGGUCAAAGAGAUAAUGAUUGCAGCUCACGGCUCUUCUGUCUCUGGUGGCAGUGAAGAGGAACUGGACACAACUUUAAGGAAGUGGACUCUUUUGAGAGAUCCUCAAGGAGAAUUACUUAAAACAGAGGCCUCUUCAGGAGAACUGUCACCAGCUGUGCUCUCUCCGGUGCCACACAAAGCUGUGGAAAUCAGUGGAAACGUUCCAGUAUCUUCAGCUAAUUUAACCUCUACACAAGAAGAACCUUUGGAAACCAUAAAUAGAGUUCAACAGAAAAAAAAGUCAAGUAGUUUAGAAGACUUGCAGAGUGAAUCCCUGGAAAAGUAUGUAGACGGAAAACCAGUACAGCCUGUUGUAGAACAAGAGAGUAAGCCACUUGUGAAAGGCAGCAAGUAUCAAACCUUGCCAGGAAAGCUGCCUCGACCCUUACAGAACGGAGAUCAGGGAACAUACGAUCUGCCAGAUGGGUGCGGCCUGAGCGACGAGGACAGCAGCAUCCUGUGCCUGAGAGAAACAGAGAACGUGGAUGGUACAGUAGUCUCAGACGACCUUUCACCUCUUUCUUCCGGAAUGGAUUCAGGUCCGCAGUCUCCACUGUCUCCAGAAAACAGAAAGAGUCCAAAAGGGAUCAAGAAAAUCUGGGGAAAAAUACGAAGAACUCAGUCAGGUAACUUCCCUGCAGACGAUCUGGGUUUGGCAGAGUUCCGAAGAGGUGGUCUCCGUGCAACAGCUGGACCUCGGUUAUCCAGGUCAAAGGAAACCAAAGGCCAGAAAAGUGACUACAAUGCUCCGUUUGCUCAGUGGAGCACAGAAAGAGUCUGUAACUGGCUCGAGGACUUUGGCCUCGGUCAGUAUGUCAUUUUUGCACGGCAGUGGGUGACUUCAGGCCAUACACUGUUAACUGCGACACCUCAGGACAUGGAAAAGGAAAUGGGAAUAAAGCACCCACUGCACCGGAAGAAAUUAGUUUUGGCCAUUAAAUCAAUAAAUGCAAAACAAGAUGAGAAGUCUGCACAACUUGAUCAUAUCUGGGUGACACGAUGGCUCGACGACAUUGGUUUACCUCAGUACAAAGACCAGUUUCAUGAAUCCAGAGUUGAUGGGAGAAUGUUGCAGUACUUAACUGUGAACGACCUUCUCUUCCUCAAAGUCACCAGUCAGCUGCAUCAUCUGAGUAUUAAAUGUGCCAUUCAUGUGCUGCAUGUCAACGGUUUUAACCCCCACUGUCUACGCAGGAGACCAGUUGAGGAGAAUAACGUUUCGCCUUCUGAAGUAGUUCAGUGGUCCAAUCACAGAGUGAUGGAAUGGCUCAGAUCAGUUGAUCUGGCAGAAUAUGCCCCAAACCUUCGAGGAAGCGGAGUACAUGGCGGCCUGAUUAUUCUCGAACCUCGCUUCAACGGUGACACACUGGCAAUGCUGCUGAAUAUUCCACCUCAGAAGACCCUACUGCGACGCCACCUAACAACCAAUUUUAAUGUAUUAAUUGGACCAGAAGCACAACAAGAAAAAAGAGAAAUAACUGAGUCAACAGCAUACACACCUCUGACCACCACCGCCAAAGUUCGGCCAAAGAAACUUGGAUUUUCCCAUUUUGGAAACUUAAGAAAAAAGAAAUUUGAUGAAUCGACAGACUACAUUUGCCCUAUGGAUACAAUCCCAGCUGCUACAAACGGUACUCAGAAGAACUACGGUGGACACAAAGGACUGAGCCCGUUGACUGAUAGGGAACUGGAUCAGGUGGGCCAGACGGGCUGAUGCUAUUCUCAUCUCACCCUCCCCAUGCGUUAAAAGCUUGCCAAUAACCACAUCCUAGCACAUAACAAAGUACUCGUUACAUCCGCAUGAACUUACUGAGAAAGUAUUGGCUAUGGACACUGGAAAGAGUUCUACACUAAGAAUGUCAGGUUAAUUUUUUUUUUAAUCAACAUCAUAAACUCAUCCAUCUUCAAGCCCUUUUUCAGGAAUAUAACACCUUUACACUACGAAGAUUGAUGUAUUUUGACAAUUAAGGUGGUGGUUGUUGUGAAUACAAGACUUUUGUACUUCUAGCUUUCAUAAUCUCAGUAUGGCACACUACUUUUUUCAUUAUCUUUAUGGGUGGUUUUUAAUGUAAUAAAUCUAUUUGGACUAAUUUGUACAAAGCUAUCAAGUUAUAUAUCAAAAUACAACUGGAUUGUAUAUUUUCAACAGAUAUUAAUCAAAGAAUCCAACUGAAUUUUUCUUUCGUUAUGUACAGUGGGCAGUAGUUAUGCUUAGACAGUAUGUGAAAACUAUGCAUCAGUAAUUAACAAGAUUAUUAAUAAACAGAUACUUAACAAAAGUGAA